UUCGAAAAUGGGCUUCUCUAUGUAGCCCUGGCUGUCCUGGAACUCUCUGUAGACCAGGUCUCGAACUCAGACAUUCGCCUGCCUUUGCUCCCCCCACCCCCAGAGCUGGGAUUAAAUGUGUGCGCCCCCUCCCCCGUACCUGGCUGCCAGUUUCUUAAAACCUGCCACCCUGACAAGAUCUGAGAAGGAGUGGUGGACUUACUGGCUUUGUUGCCCAGGUCCCACAGUGCCCUUCUGUUCACAUAUGUCUCUCAACAGUUUUGGGAGUGGUGGACUCACUGUUUGGCACAGUCUAAGUGAUCAGUAGGUGGCAGAGGGGUAUUUUGAGACCAUUAGGAUUCAGUGAGUACUGGCUGUUACUACUCUGCCAGGCACUGAGGAUGCCAGGAACAGGAUCCCUGGCCCUGGUCUCAGGCAGGGGACCUACAGCCAAAGGGUAAACAAACUUGUUAGACCACAGUCUCAACCUUGUGUGUUGUGGAAUCCCAGCUAAUAAUGAAUAGCUGGUGGCUGUUGGUUGAAAUAUGGCAUGUGUUGGACAUGCUCAAAUCUUGGAGCAGUUUGCUGCUGUGUGUAGGUCAGCUCUGCAGGAUUUGCUUCUGCAGUGAGAAUGAGAUAUAGAAGAAAGGUCUUGGCCGACAUGCAAGGUUGGCUUCUUUCUCACUCUGCAUGAGCACCUGGCAGUUUUAGGUCAGAACAAAACUGGCAUAAAUGGAUAGGGGAUAGCAGUGGCACUGAGGAGGAGCAGGGUUUUUAGUCUGGAACCGGCUCCUUGGCCUGUGUUCUGUGCCUUAGGAGAGGAAGGAGCCGCAGAUUUGGUACAUUGGUACGUACGGUACAUUGACUUAGAGGUGGAAGUUUCUGUAAAGGAAUGAAAGUGACUUAGCUGUUCCUCUGUUGCUCCGUGUCACCACACAGAUGACCACUAUUGUGUGUGUGCCCAUAUUUUGGUGCAGAACUCGUGUUGGUUUUGUUUCCAGAUGUUUGCCAUUUCCUGACCAGACUGCAAUAUGCUCUGUUAGCCAGGCUUCAAUUGGUGUGACCAGGAUCACGUAUGUGGUGGCACUGUGGUCACUGAUUCCUUUGACUUCAUUGGUAUGCUCAGGGAGAGCUGCUGCCAGGGCAGGCACAGAUGGGACAGCCUCUGUUCAGAGUUGGACAUACAUCCCUGCCCUCCCUUAGUGAUUUCAGUCUGACUGCCUUUGCAGCCCAGCGCAUCAAAGUUUUAUUUUUUUGGUGGGGAUGUUGGCUUUUUGAGACAGGGUUUCUCUGUGUAACAACUCUGGCUGUCCUGGGACCAGCUCUGUAGCCCUGACUGGCCUGGAACUCACAGAGAUCUGCCUGCCUCUAAGUACUGGGAGUAAAGGCAUGCGCCACUACCACCCGGCAAGUCUGCUUGGUUUUGCAACCCAGCCCCUGUCAAGUUGUAGCUCACAACACAGCAGCGGUUUUGGAGUAGUGUGAACUUGGGAAAUCAGGCUCCCUAGCCAUGCAACAAAGAAUCUAGAACAUGUUCCAGGAGAGGCCAGCACCCGUGAGCUGCUCUUUCUUUGGAGGGGGAAAUCCAGUGACGCUGAAUGGCUAAUAGCCUAAUCUCCACCAACCCCUGCAGUCCCUGCCUGCUCACAUUCUCCCCUCCCCCACCCUUCAUCCGGCUUCUUUGACUUGCCUAGAAACCUUACUCCCGCCCCUUUGCGUGGCCCCAGCUUUAGCUCUGGGCUCUUUGUCACAGCUCCGCCCACUAGGGCACACCCUCCAGGAAAGGUUCCCUGUUUCUUCCCCCACUCACUCUGAGUCUAAGUUGACUGAGAUGAACCAUCAAGAAGCCAAGGUCCUGCCAGCUGGCCACCGUUACCCAUCCCUAGGAAUGUGGGCCUCAGAGGCCGGCUGUGUGAGGCUUUCUGUGCCACCCUCUAUCAGGUAGCUGUCACCAAGAAUUCAUGAGCUGAAGGAUCUAAGAGCGGCCCAGAGCCUAGUGGGAGGUCGUCAUACAAAGAGCCAGACGACAGCAGGGGGGCAAAGCGCAUGAAGCCUCUGGGUAGGAGCAGGAACCCAGCCAUGGUGAACGAGGGCAGCGGCAGCGGCAGCGGCAGCGAGAGCUCCAAGGACAGUUCUCGAUGUUCCACCCCCAGCCUGGACCCGGAGCGGCACGAGAGGCUCCGGGAGAAGAUGAGGCGCAGAAUGGACUCUGGUGACAAGUGGUUCUCCCUGGAGUUCUUCCCUCCUCGGACUGCUGAGGGAGCUGUUAACCUCAUCUCAAGGUUUGACCGGAUGGCAGCAGGGGGCCCCCUCUUCCUGGAUGUUACCUGGCACCCGGCUGGAGACCCCGGCUCAGACAAGGAGACUUUCUCCAUGAUGAUUGCCAGCACCGCAGUGAACUACUGCGGCUUGGAAACCGUCCUGCACGUGACCUGCUGCCAGCAGCGCCAGGAGGAGAUUACAGGCCAUUUGCACAAAGCCAAGCAGCUUGGCCUGAAGAACAUAAUGGCACUGAGGGGAGACCCUGUAGGUGACCACUGGGAAACAGAGGAAGGAGGCUUCAGCUACGCCACAGACCUGGUGAAGCACAUCCGGAGCGAGUUUGGCGACUACUUUGACAUCUGUGUGGCAGGUUACCCCAAAGGCCACCCCGAGGCAGAGAGCUUUGAGGAGGACCUGAAGCACUUGAAAGAGAAGGUAUCUGCAGGUGCCGACUUCAUCAUCACUCAGCUCUUCUUUGAGGCCAACACCUUCCUCAGCUUUGUGAAGGCCUGCACAGAAAUAGGCAUCUCCUGCCCCAUCCUGCCCGGGAUCUUUCCUAUACAGGGCUACACCUCCCUUCGGCAGCUUGUAAAACUAUCCAAGCUAGAGGUGCCACAGAACAUCAAGGACGUAAUUGAGCCGAUCAAAGACAACGAUGCUGCCAUCCGCAACUAUGGCAUUGAGCUGGCUGUGAGCUUGUGCCGGGAGCUUCUGGACAGUGGCUUGGUGCCGGGCCUCCACUUCUAUACCCUCAACCGUGAGGUGGCCACCAUGGAGGUGCUAAAGCAACUGGGCAUGUGGACUGAGGACCCCAGGCGCCCCCUGCCCUGGGCUGUUAGUGCGCAUCCCAAGCGCCGGGAGGAAUAUGUACGUCCCAUCUUCUGGGCCUCCAGACCAAAAAGCUACAUCUACCGCACACAGGACUGGGACGAGUUUCCCAAUGGCCGCUGGGGUAAUUCCUCCUCACCGGCCUUCGGGGAGCUGAAGGACUACUACCUCUUCUACCUGAAAAGCAAGUCCCCCAGGGAGGAGCUGCUGAAGAUGUGGGGUGAGGAGCUCACCAGCGAGGAAAGCGUCUUUAAAGUCUUUGAACGUUACCUCUCAGGAGAGCCAAACCAGCAUGGCUACACAGUGACCUGCCUGCCCUGGAACGAUGAUCCCCUGGCAGCAGAAACCAGCCUAAUGAAGGAAGAGCUGCUCCGCGUGAACAGGCUGGGUAUCCUCACCAUCAACUCCCAGCCCAACGUCAACGGGAAGCCGUCCUCAGACCCUGUUGUGGGCUGGGGCCCCAGCGGCGGCUACGUCUUCCAGAAGGCCUACUUAGAGUUCUUCACCUCCCGGGAGAUAGUGGAGGCCCUUCUGCAGGUGCUGAAGAAGUACGAGCUCCGGGUCAACUUCCACAUUGUGGACGUGCAGGGAAAGAACAUCACCAAUGCCCCCGAGCUGCAGCCCAAUGCUGUCACGUGGGGCAUCUUCCCUGGUCGAGAGAUCAUCCAGCCUACUGUGGUGGAUCCCAUCAGCUUUAUGUUCUGGAAGGACGAGGCCUUUGCCCUGUGGAUCGAGCAGUGGGGCAAACUGUACGAGGAGGAGUCCCCAUCCCGAAUGAUCAUCCAGUACAUCCACGACAACUACUUCCUGGUCAACCUGGUGGACAACGAGUUCCUGCUGGACAACUGCCUCUGGCAGGUGGUAGAAGACACGUUCGAGCUGCUCAACGGGCACAGCGUAAAGGGAGACGCACAGGCCCCAUAAGCCUCCUAGAGCCACCUCUCCCUCAUCUCUCCACACACGUGAUAAUGACAGCUAGACUGCAGGGAGCAUCCCGGCUCUGGCUGGACCUGAGAUGUCCCAUUUAGGAGGCUCGUGCUCUGCUCAAGCCCCUGAGAUGAGACUGACCUGAGCAGGGCCCAGCUACGCCCAUAGCUGUGCGUAGCCCACUCUGGCCCCUCCUGAGC